CUUGUUUAUAAACAAUUCUAAGCGAUUAAGCAGUGCCAAAAAUAUUACAGAAACAGCACAAAAUGAACUAUAGCUUAAGGAAUAAAUUUGACUGCAAUCAAGGAGCAAUUCGUGCUGUUCGUUAUAAUAUUGAUGGAAAUUAUUGCCUAUCUUGUGGAGCUGAUCGAAAAGUUAAGCUAAUCAAUCCUGAAUCAGGCUUAAUGAUCAAGUCGUAUACAGCUCAUGGUGAUGAAGUGAACGAUGCAACUGGGUCUUGUGAUAGUUCAUUCAUAUUAAGUGGAUCAAAAGACAAAAGUAUCAUUUAUUGGGAUGUUAUUACUGGAAUGCCGAUUAGACGUAUCAGGACGCAUGUAGGUGGAAUAACUUGUGUAAGUUUUAAUGACGAUUCUUCAGUAGCUAUUAGUGGAAGUCGUGAUAAUUCUGUACAGUGCUUUGACAUAAGAAGUCGAUCAUUAGAACCAAUACAGACAUUGAAGGAAGCUAAAGAUUGUAUCACAGAUUUAAUAGUAACAGAUAAUAAGAUCAUAUCAUCAUCUCUAGACGGAACUAUUCGAUAUUAUGACAUUCGUGUCGGAGAACUUACAAGUGAUAAAAUUGGAAUUCCAAUAGUUGCAAUGGCAAUUACUUCAGAUAAUCAGUGUAUUUUAGCUUCAUGUCAAGAUGAAUCAAUAAGACUGACAGAUUUGGAUGGAGGUGAAAUUUUAACAGAAUAUAAAGGACAUAUAGGAUCAAAAGACUAUAGAAUUGAAUGUGGUGUACUAAAGGGUGAUGGAUAUGUAAUAAGUGGCUCUAAAUUUGGGGAAGUUAUUGUUUAUGAUUUUCUAGAAGCUAACAUAGUAAAGCGGCUACAAAUAGGAUCUGGAAAUACAAUUUCAUCAUUAUGUGUACAUCCAUCAAAUGAUCAAAUGUUAUUCGCAAGUGGACGUGAGGUUCAAGUAUGGUCACUAAAUGAUUCUGAUGAAUAAACCUAAAUUAAUGAAAAAUCU